AUGUGGGCGCUCAUUGUUUUUUUCCUGCACGCCGUCUUCCUGUUCGGAAAAUCGGAAGACCUACCGUCUAAAGUGCCUGACAAGCUUCUAAACAAAAGUUUGAUAGACAUCCUAAACUACAACUUUAACGUCAAUGAUGUUAUGGGCAUAUUUGAGAAGAUAUUUAAAAACAGUGUCGACGAUUUCAAGAUUGAGGAGGAGAAUAACGAGAUGAAGAAUCUGCAGUUUAAGAAGUACACCUUUGACAAGCAGAAUUAUAAUUUUAUGUAUUCCUCUUUUAAGGACUACUGUAAUGCUUCGUUACCACGUGGUCUAAACGAAGUCUCAGACAGCGAAAAAUGCAAAAAGUACGUGGACAAGGACUACAUAGCGAACGUCUUCAAAGAUAUCGAUAGCAAAUUUUACUCCCGAUUUUACAAAGAAAUAAACCAACUGAAGCACUACAUUUUUGAAAUAGGGAAGUUGUUAAAAAGGAGAGACGAACUGAACAACGAAAUUAAUGGCACAUUUGAGGGAAUUAAAAAUACGAAAGGAUGGGUUAACAAAACAAUGACGAAGAAGGCUGGAACGGCAUUACCCCUCAUUCGAUAUUUUGAAGAAAUGUCUUACAACUUAAAGCAUACGAACAAAAGCUUGAGUUACUACGACAUGAUGGUACAGUACGGAAACGAAUUAAACGCCAUCAUCAAAAAUGCACUAGUGGAGUAUGUAUACAUGUACAGACAAACAAAAACGUAUCAAAAGAAAAUCGAAAAAUAUUUGGAAAGAAAUGCUAGGAUCCUUUCCAAGAUGCACAAGAAAAUUAUUCUGAGUAUUUUUUACAUGAUUUCUGAUAUGAACAAAACAAAUGAAAAAAUCGAUAAUUUGAUAAAUAAAAAGGUCAACGAAUUUAACGAAUGGGUGAAUUAUGAAAAUGCAAAUUAUAUGAAAAAAUUAAAAAAACUUAAAUCCAACAUUGAUUUUAAUUUAGAUGAUAUUAAUGAAAAUAUAGACAUAUCCAAGGAAAAACUUGAGCAAAAUAAAAUUGCCUUUAUAAAUAUGAGUAAAUAUUUAACCUUCCAAAAUCCAACCAAAACGAUAAGAUCCAUUAUGCAUUUGCUCAACAAUAAAUAUUCAAAGGAUGUAAAUAUAAUUUUUUUGUACAAUGAAGAAUAUAUCGAUUUCUCUUUGGAUAAAAUGAUAGAAGAAAUCCCUGAGUCUUGCAAAAUAAAUAUCGACUCCAAGUCGACAAAUAAUUUUAACUUUACCGAUUUGGAUUUUUUGGAAACGUCCAAGUACGAACAAAUGUUCAGCAGCACCACCUUUGAACAAAAAGACUUCAAGCAUAUGGACAAACAGAAAAUUGAUAACAUUAUUAGUGAAAUAUUUCACCAAGACAAGAAACUUGAUAGCGAGCACUGGAUUAAGGAGAAGGAAUUUGAGGACGUCAAAAGUAAAAUUUCUUUUAGCGAUCUGAAUAAGGAAAUACAGGUGUACACGGACGAAAUGGAGAAAAGCAUCACCACGACUAAGGACCAUUAUAUCUUCAAACCCAGCAUUAAAAGGUACAUUUCUAGUGUUAGGAAUCUGUUUAAGAACCCCAUUUUUUACUUUAACAAGUAUAUUUACUCCUUCCAGAAGAAUUUCGACUCGCCUCUGAGCGGAACGAAUGAUGCGAUCGUCAGCAUCCCUAUUAAAACCGCUGAAGAUGAGGUGAAGGAGAAGCAGAAAAAGGAGAAACAACAGAAGGAGAAACUACAGAAGGAGAAACUACAGAAGGAGAAACAACUGAAGGAGAAACAACAGAAGGAGAAAGUGAAGAAGAAACAGAAGGAGAGAGAGAAGGAGUAUGCGGGGAAGCCGCUGAGUGCAGAAGUCAGUGCGAGCGAAAGAUUCGCGGAAAGUGUGGAAAUAGAGGUUAUCAGGAAUGACGAACCCAAGGGAGAAACAAAGGGGGUAGCUGUCAAAUCCCUUGAUGAAGAAGCAAAAGGGGUAGCAAUCACAUCACCGAUUGGCGACAUAAAGGCAAUCAGACACGACUUGGAGGGUGACGACGAAAAUGGGACGAACACUACUCUGGAAGACGGGCCAUUCAGUGAGCUAUCGAGGGAGCUAGAAAGCGAGAUAGACACUGAAUUUGACGCGGAGCUCGAAACAGAGUUGGCCGACGCCGAAUUAGAAGUACAACUAGAAACAGAACCCCCACGUGAGAUACAACCCAAAAGUGAGAUAAAACCCAAAAGUGAGAUAGAACCCGAAAGUGAGAUAGAACCCGAAAGUGAAAUAGAACCCGAAAGUGAAAUAGAACCUGAAAGUGAGAUAGAACCCCAAAGUGAGAUAGAACGCCAAAGUGAGAUAGAACGCCAAAGUGAGAUAGAACCCGAAAGUGAAAUAGAACCCGAAAGUGAAAUAGAACCCGAGUUUGUAAGCAACGCAGGAACAAAGCCUUGGGGGGAAAAAGGAAAGAAAGAUGCCUUUUUUGCGAAUGAAAUGGAGGUAAUGUUGGUAAAUAAGAAGGAUGAUAAGGGUGAGAUGGAGGAUGAAGAAAAAGUAGAGGAAGAAAGCUGGGAAUAUGCAGGUAGGCGCGAAAGGGAGCGCCAACGUAGGGGCGAACAAGGAAAUGAAAAUGAAGUACAAAAAGAGAGCGAAGGCGAAAGGGAGCACAAGGAUGGGCUAUAUGGCAUGGCUGAUAAGUUUAUUCAGGUUGAACUGGGGAGAAGCGAUGUUGCAGAAGGUGGAGGCAAGAAGGGGGAAGGUGAAGAAGGGGAAGAAGGUGAAGAGGAUGAUAAGGAGGACCAUAAAGGGGAGGGUACAGAGUACGUCGGGGAGUACCAUAAAGGGGAGGAUAAAGAGGAAGAUAAAGAGGAAGAUAAAGAGGACGGCGGGGAGUACCAUAAAGGGGAGGAUAAAGAGGAAGAUAAAGAGGACGGCGGGGAGUACCAUAAAGGGGAAGAUAAGGAGGAAGAUAAAGAGGACGACGUGGAGGACCAUAAAGGGGAGGGGAAAGAGGACGGUGGGGAGGAUUCCAAGGAGGACGACGUAAUGAAGAAUAAGAAACGCAGAAAGGCGAAAAGGAAGAAAGAAAACAAGGAGGACGACAUAGAGGAUGAAGAGGGGGAAGAAAAUGAAGAGGAAGACGAAGAUGAUGACGAUGAAGAAGGAGAAAACGAGGACAACUAUGACGAUGAAGAUGAUUAUAGCUAUGGAAACGAAAGUUCAGGAAAAUAUGAUAGCCUAAUUUACGAAAAAAAUAAACACAAUUUGUCGAUUUUCCAGAGCGCAAGUAUGAAGUAUCUUUGGAGAAUACCAAUUAUUAAUCGGCUCUAUAACAAGUGCAGCGAAAAUAAAAAUGACUUUGUGGGGAAAAAGGACACAGAAGUGAUUGACAUUUACGAAAUAGAAGAAGAAGAGUUGGAAGAAAUAUACCAGGAUUUUCUCAACUUAAGUUAUGAAGAUUCUCUAAAAAGGGUUAAGGAAAAGAUUUUAUAUGCCGUGCCAGACAUGGAGUACCUUGCAAAAGCUUUGAAAAUACAUAAAAAAAAUAAGGAAGAAAAUAAGGAGAGGAAUUUCUUUUACGAUGCGCUGUAUGGAAAUGAUUACUUGAUUAUCAAGUCGAAGGGCGUCAAUGUCGAGACGUUCAUUUAUCCCUAUUUCGAGACGUUGAAUUUGCAGCUGAGUCAGAUAAAGACGUGCACGCUGGAGGAUUACUACGGCUGCAUGAAGAGAUACAUUCGGAGCAAAAUGAAGAAGAGGACCCCGGAGGAGAAGGCGGACGAGCAUGCGGACGGAAAAACAGGCGGCAAAACAGGCGGCAAACCAAGAGACACGCUAAGGCACAGGCUGAGUGAAAAAAUCCUGUUCGUGUACCUGGGGACCUUCAAAGACGAAGUGUUCAAAUUGCCCAAGUCCAAAAUCGCAGACGACCUAAAGAAAGCCCACCUGAAGCAGUUCCUGGACAACCCCAAGGACUAUCACUUUUUUAACAACUUUUUAAUCAAAAAAUAUGAAGAGGAGUAUUAUUUCUUUCAAAAGUUGAAGGUGUACACGGUGUACCAUUCCAAAUAUAAAAACUCAAUUAUGUACGGAAUUGACUUCAACUUUUAUGUUUCCUACUUUUCCAAAGAAGACAUACAAUAUUUGCCUCUAUCGUACUACCAUGACUCCAUCAUAUAUUUCAAGGUAGUGCUGGCCACGUCCAAGUAUGGGUACCGCGAAAUUGUCCCUAUCGAUGAUGAAAUUAUAAAGUUUGGAUUAAUGCUUUCGUUAGAUAAUAAAAAUAAGAAUGUGCAUUAUUUAAUUCUGUCGGAAGUUACCAAUGACACGAACUAUGACUUACUGAAGAACAAAACGGGAGUAGUCAAAAUUUAUGAAGUGUCUUAUGAAAAUCUUAAAAUGCAACUGGUAAAUAAAAAAUACAAAGUUCAAGUAACAAAAACGAUGAAAAUUAUUUUGCAGAAGGAAGUUACCUUUAACAAUAAUAAAAAGAGAACACACGAUUACAUUGACACCUUUUAUGAAAAGAUGAAUAAAAUUAUGAAAAAUAACAUGAACCUGGAAUUGUUCCGUAAAACGUUUUUUGUUCAUUUGCAUAAAACGUGA